AGCAGACAAGAGGCGCUCCAGUCACCCAGACAGUCUGCUGCUGAUCCACCUGCUCACCUCACACAGCAACGGGAGGGGAAAUGAAACUCGAAGUUCUCUCCGCGCUCCACUUCGCUGCGAAGCCAGUGGAGUUGUGCGUGGACGCGGACGCGGACGCGGACGCGGGGAGCUCGUGUCCUCUGUCAGGAGACGAGCUGGGGUCGGACGGGGACUGCGUGGCCAACAGUCCGCCGCCCGUGACCCCGGGUGUCGAGCUGAGCAAGGGCAAGCCUUACACCCGCAGACCAAAGCCUCCGUACUCCUACAUCGCCCUCAUCGCCAUGGCUAUCCGGGAGUCCGGCAGCGGGCGCCUGACCCUGGCGGAGAUCAACGACUACCUGAUGACGAAGUUCCCCUUCUUCCGGGGCACUUACACCGGCUGGAGGAACUCGGUGCGACACAAUCUGUCACUCAACGACUGCUUCCUCAAAGUGCUGCGGGACCCGUCCAGACCUUGGGGCAAGGACAACUACUGGAUGCUCAACCCCCACAGCGAGUACACUUUCGCCGAUGGGGUGUUCCGCCGCAGGAGGAAGCGCAUCGCCAAGAGGUCCCCUAAGGAUCAGGAGGUGGAGGACAGCCCAGAGGAGAGGGCGGGGGCCAAGUUCUCCAGCUCCUUCGCCAUCGACAGCAUCCUCGGCAAACCCUUCAAACGCAGGAAGGACGAAGCACACGCGCUGUUCUGGCCCCCGGGGUCCCACGUGCAGCUGCCCUUUGCUAUGAACUGUCCGCUGCAUCACUGCUACCUGUCCACGGAGGCCAGAGGGCAAAGCAAAGCACCGGCCGGGGCCCGACUACAGGCCGCUCCCAAGACGGGGAGCUUUCACAUAGACUCCCUGCUCUCAUAAGGACACUCAAAAUGUGCACUUUUGCUCGGGCGUGCUUAGUUUGCAUUGCUUCUCUUAUUCAGACGAUGACGUCGUUACUGCUGCGGCUCAUUCUGCAAUGAAAAACAGCGUGUUGUCAUUGUAGACUAGGUUAUCCCGGGACAUUUCACUGACGUGUGGAUGCGUGCGUGCGUGUGCGUGCGUGUGUGCGCGCGUCUUACGGGGAGACGUGUUUGUUUUCAUGGCUCAUUUGUUGUUUCUGCUGCAUGUGUGACCAAGGGCCGCGCGGAAAGCAUAAAUCAAUUCAUGUAUUUAUAUGUUCAUAGCGUGGAUGGACUGCUGUUAUUGAUGUUGUACGAUAAUGUUGUAAACACCCAUCAAAGAAAUGACUGAGCUGCAAAAGAAUCAUGUAGCUGCACUAGGAGACUCAUGGAAGCCCCGAUGUUUUCCUGUGGCGAUGACUUAUGCAUGCCUGGUAUUUUCAUGAAUAAACUAAG